AUGGCACUUCUCAGAUACGAAUCUAUGUUCGUCACGAAACGCCUGAAGUUGUUCGACUCCUUCUUCGAGUACACUGGCAGCAUUUUUCCUCUCUUCGUUCUGUCUGGCGCCUACUUCUCGAGUGAAAUCACCCUCGGUCACUUGAAUCAGACGGUGCAUGCUUUACGAUAUGUCUUGGAGGCCCUCAAAUGGUUUGUACAGUCUUACGGUAUAAUUAUCAAGUGGCGAGCUGCUGGCAAUCGUCUCUAUGAGUUCGAAUCGACGCUGAAUCUUCUAUCGAAAUCAAGAAGUGGUUUAAAACCUAUCCCUGGCGACGACGAUUCGCUGUCUCUCGAGUCCUGUGAUGUCUACACCCCAACGGAGACCAAAGGCCUCUUCUUCUUACCAGGCAAGGAAGAGGACGAUCUCGCCCUCCUCACCGAAGUGAACUUGAAAAUCGGCAAAGGCGAAUGGGCAUUAUUAAGCGGUCCCGAAGGCAGCGGAAAGACCAGUCUAUUGAGGGCCCUGGCCGGGGUUUGGCCGUUUGUGGGUCCAAAUUCUCGAUUGAAGAUACCCCCAGGGGACAGGUCGUUGUUCUUGCCAUCGAGAAAAGCUCCGUUGAGAGAUGGUUCACUUAGAGAGGCAGUUUGCUAUCCAGAGGAUACCUCUGUCUAUUCUGAUCGCCAAAUUGAAUGCGUUCUUCAUUUGGUUGGUCUCACACAUGCCCUUCUGUUAUCGCCACAUCCACUCGAUCGUCGCGAACACUGGUCAAUGAUUCUAUCGGCUGGCGAGGCCCAGCGGCUCGAGAUGGCUCAUGCUUUGCUCAGCAAGCCUGAGUGGCUGUUCUUAGAUGAAAGUACGAGCAAUUUGGCCGCUGACCAGCACGCUGAGUUGUACAAGACUUUACGGAAGAAUUUACCACCAACUACUGGGGUCCUUUCGGUUAGUCAUAACACGGAAAAGCUCGCCGGUCUGCACGAUGUUCAUUAUAACGUUAAAGAAGGGCAUUUGGUGAAAGUCGAUGCAUGA